ACCUGCGGCACCUGGCUAUGCAAAACCAGCAGGACCACUGCUUCAGCUCUCUGUGACAACAGCAGACAACAAUAUACAGAUCUGUGCAACCACACUAAAAUAGUAGUAAUGGCACGAGGAAGAGGAAGGACUCUGAGGAUUAUGUUCCUGUUGACACUCUGUCUGCAAGACUUCACUGGUCAAUGCCAAGUUUCAGGGCAGCUCUCUGACCUGAGGAUAGUUCUGGUAGGGAAGACUGGAUCAGGGAAGAGUGCAACAGGAAACACCAUCCUGGGGAGGGAGGGGUUUAAAGAAGACUCCUCCCCUGAGUCUGUUACCUCACACUGUAUGAAGCAGAGUGGAAUGGUGGCUGGAAAGAAGAUUCAUGUGAUUGACACACCAGGACUCUUUGACACAAAAUUGACUGAUACGGAAAUGAAAAGUGAAAUAGAAAAGGCCAUCUACAUGUCAGUCCCAGGACCCCAUGUGUUCCUGCUGGUGAUCAGACUGGGGGUAAGGUUCACAGAGGAGGAGCAGAACACUGUUAAGUGGAUCCAGGAGAACUUUGGAGAAGAAGCCUCAAUGUACACCAUCUUGCUGUUCACACAUGGAGAUCAACUGAAGGGAAAAUCAGUGGAGGAGUUUCUGGCUGAGAGCAAAGAGCUACGGAAACUCAUCAAUAUCUGUGGGGGCAGAUAUCACUCCCUAAUCAAUGACAAGAGAAAAGACAACACUCAGGUUACAGAGCUGCUGGAGAAGAUUGAGGAGAUGGUGAAGAAGAAUGGAGGAAAACACUACACCAAUGAGAUGUACCAGGAGGCCCAGAUGAAGAUCGAAGAGCAGGAGGAGAGGAAGAAACAGGAAGAGGAUAAGAUAGAGAAAGAGAGGCAACAGAAGGAGAGAGAAAGGAUCAAAAGAGAAGAAAUAUUGUCUCGAUGCAAGAUAUCAGCAUUGGUCAGUUCGGCCGUAUUGGGGUGGGGAUACAAAUUCUCCUCUCCAUUGUGGUUAGCAGCAGGGUCUGUAUCAGCCAUUUUUGAAGGUUAUCAAUGCAUGGACGCCUAUUUCAAUUGGGGUGGUUCUGACUCAAAAGAGCACGAGGAAUGGGAGCUGAACGAGCUGGUGACAUUUGACAAUAUAUUGGCAAAGAGGGACAGAACCAUGGCUGAAGCUAUACCACUCAGAGAGAUGGAGCUGAAACGGCUGCCUGAGUCUGAUGGGUGUGGCUCAACACAUCAUGAUGGGUCUGGUUUGACCGCUGACCUGAGGAUUGUGUUGCUAGGGAAGACUGGAGCAGGGAAGAGUGCAACAGGAAACACCAUCCUGGGGAAGAAUGUAUUUAAAGUCGACUCUUCCCCUGCGUCAGUGACCGGACAGUGUGAGAGACAGAGUGGAGAGGUCAACGGGACCACGGUUCAUGUGGUUGACACACCAGGCCUCUUCGACACAGCCAGGUCGGACGAAGAAGUGAAAGAGAAAAUAGAGGAGUGCGUUAACAUGUCCGUCCCGGGACCCCACGCCUUCCUGCUGGUGAUCAGGCUGGGGGUGAGGUUCACAGAGGAGGAGAGGAACGCCGUGAGGUGGAUCCAGGAGAACUUUGGAGAGGACGCCUCCAUGUACACCAUCUUGCUGUUCACCUGUAAAGACCAGCUGAAGGGGAAACAGGUGACAGAUUCUCUGAAGAUGUGUAAAGAGCUACGGAGACUCUCCAUCACUUUAGGCGGCGGGUAUCACUCGUUCAACAACGACGCCAAAGACGACCCCGCUCAGGUCCCAGAGCUGCUGGAGAAGAUCAAAGAGAUGGUGGAGCUGAACGGAGGAGAGCACUACACCAACGAGAUGUACCAGAAGGCUCAGAGGAAGAUCAGAGAGGCGGAGGAGAGGAGGAAGGAGGAGGAGAAAAUACGGAGGGAGGAGGAGGAGAGAAAAUUAAAAGAAGAGGUAAAGGUAGAGAUAGAGAAAGAAAAGGAGGAAGAGAAAAGGGAGAAGGUAGAUAAAAAGAGGAAUCUCCACAUCGCUCUCGCAGUAACAGUAGUGUGUGUAGUAGUAGGGGUGAUCAUAGCAGCUGCUGCUGAUACCACAGUGGCCCUGGCUCUAGCUCCACUCUUACUGGUGCUGGGAGCAGCCAGUGGAAUAACGGCUAUCUGCCUAAAGAAUGGAAGGUGUGGAGCUAAAACACCUGUCUCUGUAGCUGUAUAACAAUCACAUACUGUAUACCUCAUUAAGGCUGUUUUUACACAGGCAACCCAAUUCUGAUCUUUUGCCACUAAUUGGUCUUUUGACCAAUCCGAUCUAUUAUCAAUAAUUGGGCAAAAUAUCAGAAUUUGUCUGCCUGUGUAAAGAUCAGAAUUAGGCUGCCUGUGUAAAGAUCAGAAUUAGGCUGCUUGUGUAAAGAUCAGAAUUAGUCUGCCUG